UUUCUUUCCUUUCUCUUUUCGCUUUUCCUUUUUUUUUCCCACACACAUAAAGUUCUAUUCGAAUAUCUUCUCUGUCUAUUGUUUAUACCUCUUUCAAACGACUUGUCCCUCUCCUGAUCCUUUUGUUGGUUUAUCAAACAAGCAGAUCAUUACCCAUUUGAAACAAUGAAAAGAAGGACAAACUUGACGCUGUAAACCAAGUUACAUGUGGUCGUUGUGGUCAAGAAGGUCACAAAGAUGCUCGAUCUCCUCUCUGCCCCAUGAAUGCUCGAAACCUAUCUGAUGCUGAGAGUUCAGCAAGUCCUCGACGGUACAAGAGACCUCAGACUGAAUCCUCAAAGCAAGCAGCAAAGCACCAAAAGUUGGCUGGAAAAGCUCUCCUGGAUGAACGUCAAGCAAACAAGAAUGUCCCAAAAUGCAAGAAAUGUACUAAUGCUGGUGUGACUGAAACUGAUAACUACAUCCCACACGGUAAUUCCCGAUCAAGACACUGUCAGUUCCAUCAAGCCACUAUGAAUGACGUGAUCAAGACUAUUUUUGGGGAUUCCUGGGUCAUGGCGACAAGAAAGAUCACUCUUGACAAAUUCCUCGCUCUUGAAGAUGAGAACAAGCAAAAGGUAUCCGGUACAAUCAUUUCCGUAGUUGAUUACGUCCGUGAAGUCGCCAUCAAGGCAAACAUGUUCGUUUCAUACUAUUUUCUUCGUCGAUUGGAACAUGACUAUGAACAAACUGGCUCUACUUCCGGUGUUCUUGCUGAUGAUGCUCCUGUUGCCUCUCUCUCCUCUGUUCCUGGUCUUUCUUCUGCCACUGAUGAUGCGCCUUCUGCUGAUAUUUUGUCUGUUACUGGUGAUGUUUCUCUUUCUGGUGAUGUUUCUCUUUCUGGUGAUGUGUCUCUUUCUGGUGAUGUGUCUCUUUCUGGUGAUGUGUCUCUUUCUGGUGAUGUUUCUCUUGCUGAUGGUACUUCUCUCGAUCCUGAUGACUCUUCAAUGGCCUCUGCUGUCAAUACCCCUUCGCCUGCUGGCAGUUUGGAAUCAUUCAUCCGUACCGCUGGUGGCCUGGACAUGUCUUCUAUUGUUAGUGAAGGCAGCUCUGAAGGACUUGAUCAAACCGACGUCGCUGGUAUCAUUGAUGAUGAUGAUGUUCGCACUCCUGGAGGUAUUAACCGAUCUUUCCGUGGAAUGCACCCUGUCCUCUUCCAUGGUAAUUUCUAUUAUGGCUGUAUACAGUUAGUACUUGGUCAGCAUAUCACAAACAAAACUGGUAGUAUCCCGUGGAUGACAAGGAAUGAAAUAUUUGAUGAAUAUAAGCGACAAUUUGACAGUGAUGAAGAAUGCAUAAAUUGUGUGGUGGAAACGUUCGAACAACGAGCUGCUGGUUACCUCGAACACCUUCUUCGUUUAAAAACAAAGUUACUUUCACCUCUUCAAGCCAAGCGAGCUUCUCUCUACUUGUAUGAUGUUUUAUCUGGAGCAACCAGUCCAUAUUGGCCAACAGAAAUCGAGCGAACUGACGAACUCAAUACCGUUUUGGAACAAAUUAAAGCUGCUACUACUUUAGGUCCAACUCCCAUCACCCCAAAUGUACUAGUGACAAAUGUUGAAGUUUACAUGACAGUUCUUUACAAGAUCUUGGUACAGCUGGAACAGUACAACGCUGGAGAAAUGCAACGAGCAGAUGAAGUACAAACCCAAGCAACUCUCCCUUGGGCUCUUUCAAUGGUCAAGACGCUCGAUGAUUAUCGUUCCUUAAAUCGCCGCCAACGUACAAAACUGAAGUAUCAGCUUUUUGAAAAGGUUAAUAACGACACUGAAGACAAUUAUACUUUUUCCUCUCCUGUCUGCCAAGUUUCCAAGGAUAAACUGGUGAAAUUGGUGUUGGAAACAAGAGAACAAAUCAAGAACUCGAUCAACUUUUUGCAAGAAAUUGACAUACAAAUAGGCCAUACUGAAAUAGCAAGAACUGACUGAUUUUUACCUGAACGAUCUGUUGUGGCCAAGCAAACUCGUCUGUUCAAGCUCUUACCUUCACUGUCAGUCAAGCGACACUGUCAGUCAAGCGAGGUUUAUUGACAUUGAUAUCCUGACCUUGCGUGCCAUUCUUUCUCAUUCUGGUGCAACUUUAAACAUCAACAUCAACAUCAACAU